UGUCUUUAAACGGGGCAGCUGAAGGGGGAAGUAAAACUCGUGUCGUUUGUUUGACAGCACUGAUUGCCACUCUCAGCUUUUUUCCGCUGUUGUAUCGAUAAACAGUGUGCAGCAAUGGUUCAAUAAACCGCUGAUCGAUUAUUUUAAUGCGGUGAAGUGAAAGAGCAAUAGAUCAGGCUAACAAUGCUAAGCUAGCACCAGUUGAUCUGAGGUGUUCCUUCGUUGAGUGAAUGUGUGACUCUUCCGCCUUCCCAGGAUUAAAUACCCGGACUUUCAACUGAAACAGGAUUUUUACUUUAGACCUGCAUUUAAACAUUUAAGCAUGGAGACGUUUGAAAGCGAAAGAGCUCCACAGCCCAGGAACAUGAUUGAGAACAGCAUGUUUGAGGAAGAGCCAGAUGUGGUGGAUUUGGCGAAGGAGUCCCCAUCCUACCCCAUCGACACAGACGAUGUGGUCUAUGAACCCCGCAGCUCACGACUGUUAGUCCGAGGCCUUGGAGAAAAUGACCUGGAUGAAGAUGAGGAAGAUUACGAAUCGUCUGCCCGUCUUCUUGGAAUGUCCUUCAUGAAUCGCAGUUCCAACCAGCGCAGCGCUGCCUCAUCCUACAUCCGCCAGCAUUAUUCUGGAUCGUGCUCCAUGCCUUCGACUAAGACUAUGGUGGUAGGUGUUGUUGUCCUAGUUCUGGUGGCCUCCAUGUUAAUGGUCCUCUACUUCCUGCUAGGCUGCAAUUUCACCACAGCAGGCUGCCAGAAGACAAAUUCGACCAUGGACAGCAUCUAUCCCAAUUCCACAAACGGUGAACUUUUCCCAUGGGCCGAUUUGAGGUUACCCUGCAGUGUGCAUCCUGUGCAUUACAAUAUUACACUCCAUCCCGACCUGACCAUCAUGACCUUCCAAGGCAGUGUAUCCAUCUUAGUGCAAGUCUUGAAUGAAACGAAGAAUAUUGUCCUUCACAGUUCUGAUAUGAACAUAAUCAAGGCCACUUUUGAUGGCAAAGAGGUCCACUUCCUGGAGUACAAACCUUGGCAGCAAAUCGCCUUCAAAUUUCCAGAAGAUCUUAAGAAGGGACAAUACGUUUUGAACAUUAGAUACACAGCAAACCUCUCCAGCAGCUAUGAUGGCUUCUACAACAGCUCAUAUGUCGACACAAAUGGUAUAAAAAGAGUUUUGGCUGCUACUCAGUUUGAGCCCUUGGCAGCCCGCAAGGCUUUUCCUUGUUUUGACGAGCCAGCUUUUAAAUCAACUUUUACAAUUAAGAUGACCAGAGAAAGCAAGUACAUCAGCCUUUCAAACAUGCCCAAGGUCAUAACCACAGAUUUAAAAAAUGGGCUUGAAGAAGAUGAGUUUGAGAAAAGUGUUAAUAUGAGCACUUACCUAGUUGCAUUUAUUGUGGCUGAUUUCAUCAGUGUCAGUAAAAAUGUCUCUAAAACUAAGGUGUCUGUGUAUGCUGUUCCAGACAAAAAGGAACAAGUGCAGUAUGCUCUGGACACAGCCUGCAAACUGCUGGAGUUCUACAAUUCAUUCUUUAAGAACGAAUACCCGUUAAGCAAGCUGGAUCUAGUGGCUAUUCCUGACUUCCUCGCCGGAGCCAUGGAGAACUGGGGACUAAUCACAUUCCGCGAGACGACUUUGCUAGUAGGGAGUAAUUCCUCCGCUAUAGACAAGCAGCUGGUGACCUCUGUCAUUGCUCAUGAACUUGCCCACCAGUGGUUUGGAAAUCUGGUCACUAUGCAAUGGUGGAAUGAUCUUUGGCUGAAUGAAGGAUUUGCAACCUACAUGCAGUACAUGUCAAUUGAAUCGGUGUUCCCAGGCCUUGACAUAGACACUGAGUUCUUAAAUGUUCGUUUUAAAGCGUUGGCCAAAGAUGCAUUGAACUCGUCCCACCCAGUGUCUACUGUCGUGAGCACCCCUGAGCAGGUGGAAGAGAUGUUUGACUCUGUGUCUUAUGAGAAGGGGGCUUCGAUACUGCUGAUGCUCAAUGCAACGCUCACAGAUGGGGAGUUUCAAAAAGGGGUGACUCAGUACUUACAAAAGUAUAAGUUAUCAAACACAAAAAGUGAAAACUUAUGGAACAGUCUUUCCCAGGUGAGCAAACAAAACCUAAGUGUAUCUGAGAUGAUGAACACCUGGACUGUUCAUAAGGGCUUUCCUCUGGUCACAGUGAAGAGAAGUGGCACUCAAGUGACACUGACGCAAGAACAUUUCCUUCUGAAUGCUGAAAACAGCACGGACGACAGCAGCUUGUGGCAUAUUCCCCUGACAUAUGUGAGCGACAAAUGUAGUGUUCUCAGCUCCUGCAAGCAAGUGUUCCAUCUCAAGGAGAAAACGGCCACGUUAAAGCUUCCAGAUCAAGUGAAGUGGUUGAAGUUCAAUGUCAGGAGUGAUGGCUUCUACAUAGUACAUUAUGAUGAGGAGGGAUGGAAAGACCUGAUUGGGGCUUUGAAGGAGGAUAUGAAUGUCCUCUCCUGUAAAGACAGAGCAGCUCUCAUCAACAACAUCUUUGCUCUCUCCAGAUCGGGGAAGGUGUCUUUCAGACAGGUCUUAAAUCUAAUGGAUUACAUCAGAAAUGAGAACGAGACGGCUCCUGUGACCGAAGCUCUCUUCCAGCUUGGUCAGAUCUACAGGUUGCUGGACAAAAGAUCAGAGUUGAACUUGGCCUCUAGAAUGACAAGUUACAUUGAGGACCAUUUUGGAAGUUUAAUGGAGAAUCAAUCAUGGGAUCUGGAAACUUCUGUGUCAAAGAUGACACUUCGGUCUGCCCUGCUGGAGAUGGCAUGUUCUCUUAACAUACGUAACUGCACAACACAGGCAAAGCAUCUGUUUGAUCAGUGGUUCACUUCCAACAAGACUUCUCAGAUUCCCAGUGAUCUCAUGAGAACAGUCUUCAAAGUUGCAGCUCAGACAGAUGAAGGAUGGGGUAAGCUUCUAGACAUGUAUAAACACUCCAUCAAUGACCCAGAGAAGCACAAGACAUUGGAAGCUUUGGCUAGCACUCAGGAUGUAUGGAAAAUCAUAUGGAUUCUACAGAAAAGUCUUGAUGGGAGUGAGAUUCAAACUCAAGAAUUUCCUUUGGUGAUCAACACAAUUUGCAAGAGCUUUGCUGGCUACCUCUACGCUUGGGAUUUUGUGAAGGAGAACUGGGAUAAAAUCACUCAAAAAUUUUCUGUCGGAUCCUUUGCCAUUCAGAGCAUCAUCAUGUCCGCAACCAGUCAGUUUUCCACAAAAACACAUCUUGUGGAGGCCCAGAACUUCUUCUCUUCUCUGGGGACGAAAGGUUCUCAGAUGAGGAUCGUGCAGGAGGCCAUUGAGACCAUUAAGCUGAACAUGCGAUGGAUGGAGAAUAACUUGAACACGCUGCAGAGCUGGUUAUAGUGUGAGGAGGAGGAGACGUGCCUCGACGUGCCUCAGGUGACGUCACCGAGCACAUGCAGGUGUGAGUGAUAUUACUGUCACAACAGCCAGAGCCAUAAAAGUUCAACGUUAAGCCAAUCUCAAGAAAGGUCAGAUUUACCUGGACGUAAAGGGCCGUUUUUCUUUUCAGGGCAACUUAGUUCUCCAGUGAGCUGUAAACUAGCCAGAAGCUUGCCAGAUAUCUGCCUGAGAACAUUUAGCCUUUGAUGCUAGCUUAUGUAAAUGUACAAGUCUGGAUAUUAAUUGUAAAGCAUAUGUAUAUUCUUUUCUCCAAGUUCAAAGUGAAUUGAAACUGUAUAGUCAGCAUAUGAUUUCCUGUUUCAUAACUUUAGUGUUAGUUACUGCUCGGGAAAGGCUGAUGCGUUGUCUUUUUGCGGUUCACUUGGGGCCCAACUCGGUAUGUGUAUGGCUCUGGCCUCGAGCACUAUUUGCACUAUUCAAAGAUUCAGCUUGCUCAGGGCAAAUCUGGUUGUUGUUAAAAUAUCGCAUUUGCAUUUACACCCUUUUACUUUAUGGCGGUGGCUAAAGACCAAAACCUUCCAUCAGUGUCUCCUAAAUAUGCCCUUAUCACGAUUUGCCAAAAAAGAAAAAUAAUAAUAAUGUAAUAAUAAUAAUUUGCACAAGAUGUAUUUUGGAGUUUAAUUUAGAGUUGAGUGUGUAUAUUAUGUAUUUUAUGUGCAGGCUUUGCAGAUAGGUAAAGGUUUGUCAUUGGAAAUAUUAUGUUUGCAUUUCUAAAACAAUUAGGUGUGGAUUUUAUUUUAUUUAGAGUUUUGCUAUGCACAUUCUGAUGAAGCUGAAAUAUUUUUACAGUUCUGUUGCAAUACAUGUAUAAGAGGCAGUGAGUAAAACUGUGGUUUUACCCGCGUGAUUUGACAUGUAGAAAUAUAUUUGUUAGCAAGUCUUCAUGUACAAGGCUUUAGUUAACUUUUGUCAAAUUACCACAAGACAAAAAAAGGGGCUCUAAAGUCACAUCACUGAUUGAGAGUUGUUACAUUUUUCACUGGUUGCUACUGAUUUGUACUCCUCAAGGAUUGAAUGUUUUGUGUGUGUGAUGUUCUCAUAUUUUUUUCAGAUUUUCUUUAUUUUCAGGAAUUGGUUUUGAAAGUGCUUUUAGUUGGUCAAAACAAUAUGGAGUCACAACCUCGCACAAAUGUAUGCGUCAAAGUGCACGUUAUCAAACUUCUUGUAAACUCAUGAUACAGUCCACAAAUACAUGCACAUCAUUUUGCUUUAAUGCACAAAAACUGAGAAAUUAUCAUGUGCAUUUUAUGCAUGUAUUUUUAAUAUAAUUUUAAUUCCAUACAUUCAUGUUCAGAGUGAGAAUCUGUGCUCACUCUCAAAAAUGAUAGUGCAAAUGUUAAAUUACUUCCAGGUUUUUGAUUAUAGCUCAGUGAUUUGACCUCAUAAAAUGUCAAAUAUGACUGGUACGUUGUAAUUAUUUUGUAUAUAGCAGUUGUAGUUUUGCUUGAUCAUAAGCUUUAUUCAUGUAUUUGUGAUAUUCAUUUCUAAGGACAAGGGCAGCAUUGUUACACUGUAAUGAACACUUCUAAUGUCAGGUUGGAGCGUUACAGUUAUCAAUGUAUGUAUUCAUGUUUGCUACUAUGGAUCUGUUCAAACAAGCAUUAUAAUUGUAAUUACCUGAAUUCAUCUAGAUAUGGUUAAUUAAACACAAUGAGGUGUUAAAAAUACAGUGUAUCUUUCUGUUGAAUCCGUUUUCUGGAAUUUGUUACAGCUGUCAUAAUUGAGGAUUCAUAUGAACCUGUUGAUUUCUGUCAUGAAGUGCUUUGUGUUAUUGGCUGCCAUUCACAAAAUAAGUUUAUGUAAUUAUUUUUCCCUCUGAAAUGUUCUUUGUGCCUGUCAAAGGCUGCUUUUAAGAAAUGCUAGUUAUUUUUGGCACAAACUCCAGUCUUGGCAGAAAGUUUAAAGGAAAAAUAUGCUUGCUUGUGAAAAAUUUGCGGUAUUUUAAAUGGCUUGUGAAGAACUUCUCAUGCCUGAAGAAAAAAAAGUGAUAUAUUUGUUUGAACAGGUCUUUGGGAAAUUGUCUGAUGUUGUUAAACUUUGAGUUUGGAUUCUAGAUUUGUAAUGUGUUGCUUAACAAUGGAAAACUACUGACACAUCUUUAUACAAGACAAAAAAAAGAAAGAAAUAAAAAAGUUUUGUUAACAAA